UACCCUCCGCUGUACGGCGUAGUUUUAUCCUGGGGGAAGAAAAAAAACAAACAUUCUGCUGUAGCAAGACAUUUGUCCGCCAGAGUUCAUGCCAGAUCUGCAGCGCUUCAGUUUUAAAUACCAUAGCAUGAAUCCUUUGUUGGGGGCCAGCACGCAUCACCAGCAGCUCCCCCAGCAGAGCCAGGCCCCGGGACACCCGGACUCCCCCUCCGUCCUCCUUCCCGAAGCCGCGUUUGGCGCACCGGACCCGGCGUCCCUUCUGCUGGCUGUUCAGGCCGCCCCGGGGCCCGAUCAGCCGGGACAAACGCAGAGCUCCCCUUACCUCCACCACACCCACAGCAGCCCCUACCUGCACCGCGCAGUGCCGCCGCAGCAACAGCAGCAGCAGCAGCAACAGCAGCAGCAGCAGCCGCACCCCCCUGCAGCCAUGGCCCUCAGGAACGACCUGGGCUCCAACAUCAGCGUACUCAAGACCCUCAACCUGAGGUUCCGAUGCUUUCUGGCCAAAGUGCAUGAGUUGGAGCGCAGGAAUAAGAUACUGGAGAAGCAACUGCAGCAGGCGCUGGAUGCCAACAAGGGCUGCCAGGGUGGAUGCUGCGAGAACAAGAUGCACACCCAGGAAGCAGGGGUGCAGACUGGGUUUGUGGGGACCAUCCCGCUCAGGCCGGGGUCGCUUCCCUUCCACAACACCAACAACUCGGCUAGGAGGCCCACAAGCCUCUUCCCACCAUCACUCACAACUUUCCCACCAGCAGGCACCGAGAACGCCAGCUGCAAUCCGACGAUCACCAUCAGCCAGUCCUCCCCCUGUGUGGAAUCCCCGGGGCUGAACAAAGCAACCCAAAACGGCUCCACCAUCCCUCCUCCACGCUUCCUCCCAGGGACCAUCUGGUCUUACAACCACACCCGUAAGUUUGGCCCCGGGGCGGAGCGCCUCCCCAGCCCCGGGGUGUCCUGGAUGCACCCGGAUGGAGUCGGGGUCCAGAUCGACACCAUAACCCCGGAGAUCAGAGCCCUGUACAACGUCCUGGCCAAGGUGAAGAGGGAGAGAGACGAGUACAAGCGCAGAUGGGAGGAGGAAUACACGAUGAGGAUGGACCUGCAGCAGAAGAUUGCAGAUCUUCAAGAGGACCUGCAGGAGAGCGAAGGUUGUCAGGACGAGCUGGCUCUCCGAGUGCAGCAGCUGAAGGCAGAGCUGGUUCUCUUCAAAGGCCUCAUGAGCAAUAAUUUGUCUGACUUGGACACGAAGAUCCAGGAGAAAGCCAUGAAAGUUGACAUGGACAUCUGCAGGCGAAUCGACAUCACUGCUCGUCUGUGCGAUGUCGCGCAGCAGCGGAACUGCGAAGAUGUGAUCCAGAUGUAUCAGGUUCCAAACAACCAAUCAUCACUGAGUAUUCGGCGUAAACCAACCCCGCUUUCCUUUAACGGGAGCGAGUGUGACGAAGCUGUCAGCACCUCUGAAAGCGACGUGGGCGUGGCUAAAGAAGAGGAGCACUUUGGCUCGUCAGCCAAUCAGAUCAACGAGGAGAUGCAGAGGAUGCUGACUCAGCUACGUGAGUGUGAGUUUGAGGAUGACUGCGAUAGUCUGGCCUGGGAGGAGACUGAAGAGACACUGCUUCUUUGGGAGGAUUUCCCAGGAUGCACUCUGCCUCCGGAUCCAACCCACCCACCAGGAGAGGAGGAGGACUCUCUGGAAAAGGUGAUUAAUGACACAGAAUGUCUGUUCAAGUCCCGCGAGAAGGAAUACCAAGAGACAAUUGACCAGAUUGAGCUGGAGCUGGCCACAGCCAAGAGCGACAUGAACCGGCAUCUGCACGAGUACAUGGAGAUGUGCUCGAUGAAGAGAGGCCUGGAUGUUCAGAUGGAGACCUGCAGGAGACUCAUCACUCAGAGUGGAGACAGUAGCCCUGCCGUACCGUCAGAAGAGAGUGACCAGAGAGAUACCGACCGGUCUUCAUCGUCCCCGCCCUCUUCGUCGAGCAACGGGAGAUCUUGACACUUCGUCGCUCGGCCGUCAGAAGAUGCUGCGUUCAUGUUACCUCUGCUGCGAACAGCGACAGUACCACACUGUAUACACGCGAAACCAUGGCGAGAGCGUGUCUACGUUUCAGCAUACUCAUUCAACAGAUCAUGCAAUUAAUUGAUGACGUGUUGAGCGUUAAUAUCAGUCUGAGGGAACACUGAACAAGCAGACCCUGCGAUCGAUCUCAGAGUUCAAGAGAGUUAAGACCCUAAUCUGUAAGAAAAAACAAGCUGCUGUUAAUCCUCGUGAUGCAGGGAGGCAACAGAAAACUAUAAAAAAAUAAAUACAUUUCCAAAUCAUUAUUGAGAUAGAUGAGCAAAUUUAAGGUAAUCUGUUACCCUCAGUAAAGUCUCUACAAAGACUGCAAGGUUUACUCAUCUUCUAUUUACAGUCUUUUUCCCCAUAAAUAUCCAGCUAGAAAUAAAUUGUUAAAGUUAUCUUUUUUUUUAUUAAACCAUCAGGUAGUUUCUAAUCAAAGUUUAAAAUCCAACAGGAUUUCCUGUUGCGGAAUUUAUAUGCCUUACAGACAUCCCUGUGAAGUAAUAUCAUAAGGUAACUUUGCCAAAUCACAGACAUAGAUAAACAUUCUACUAUUUCUUAUUAUCUAGUAUCAAAACAUUGUUUGAAUUUGGGCUGGACAUAACACAGAACUUCAAACAUGUCUCGCCUGUUUAGUGUGCAGUGACUCGGAAAGAAGUCAAAGACAUGUUUGUCCACUCCCAUUAUUUAUAGGCCGUGAAUCAUGUCAUUUCCCCUCCCACCUCUCAGGCUAGAAAUGGCUCCCUUCAGCUGGACAGCUGCAAAGAAUUAACUCGCAACCUCGCUGUAAGUUGCAUGUUAAUAUUCUUGGAGUCAGGCUCUAGAGGAGCAAGCCACAUGUUGCUUUCAGAGAACUUUAUGCAAGCCUUACUACUGAGUGCUACAUUUAAAAACAACAGACAAGCAACAUAAUCACUGACAACCUACCGAAUCAUUUAAAAAAAAAAACAUGAAUGCAAUAAAGACUGAAUAAUGAUGUUCUCCAGAGGAUAACCUUUAGAAGCUAGCUUAUGGGCUGCAGAGUAGCUAUGUCGAUGUAAACAAAACAAAAAAAGAAUUGCUUUGUGUCAGAAAAACUAAAUGUUACUGGAAGUAAAAAUUUUUUUUUACUUCCAGUUACUUCCAGUUUUAAUGGGAGUUCUGUGUAGUUGAUAUUAGCAAUCAAAAGCUGACUGAGUAAUCUCAAUUUAGAGAAACUAAAAUAAAUCUUGACCAGAAAAUCAUGCUAACAGCUCUCAGAACCAGUCUUUUGAUUUUCUGAGGUCGUUCAGAGUUACCCACUGUUGAUGAGAAAUUGACUGUUCAAAUAACCCUCCACAGAACACGACUUUAAAUGAUCUAAAUGGCUCAUUUAAGCUCCAGGUUGUGUUAAAGUGGCAGAAAGCUACUUUUAAACCAUCCACACUCAUUAUCCAUUAGCUUGAGUCUUUGGUUUGAAAUAAUCUUUCAAUUCUUCAAACUCUGCAAGAACUUAUUCACUAAGGUAUUUACUACACAAAACUGCUCCACAGAUCCUCACCUUAAGCAAUUCAAGCUAUUGCUUUACAUUCAGAGGUAUUUUAACAUGUCAAAAAUCUGCUUUGGACCUGGACUGACCGGCUUUUACCUCUCCGAUCAGAACUAAUCUUUAUUUCUCCAAACUGAAGCAAUUUAGACCUGUUCAGUGCAAUUAAGAUAUUCCCUGAAACAAAUUACGAAUGCAAGACAUGUAACAUAAUGAAGAUCUUUUAAAUAUCAGGAGAGAGUAAAGCUUCCUUUUAAACAUGUUAGGAUGGGUUUAAAACAUGUUAAUUAAAUUUUUUUGUUCAAAAUCCUUCUCAGGUUAUGAUAAUUUAACCUCUUCAGUUCUGUCUAUGUUGAGCUUCUUGUUUUUAGGGCCCUGUCAUUUUUAUGCAAAUAAUCUUUAUUUGGCCAUGCCCCUCUAACUCUGUGUUUAAACUCGCACUUUGGCAAUGUGGCUGGGACACUGCCGUCUAAAAAAAAAAAAAAUGAAGCCACGCGGCUCUGUUCUCUAUUGCAGCCAACAACAAAACAUUUGUCUUUUCCAGCAGCCAUUUUCCAGCUCAUACUGGUACAAAAAGCCCCUCAAACGGGCCCCUCUUCUACUGAAGAAGUGGGCGGAGCUCCACUUGGGUUGCUAGGUGAGGGGCAGUGCCUGCUGAUUGUGAUGUAACAAUCGGGAGGUUUUUGAAACGGCUUGUUUUCCAGACACCAACAGAACAUUUAUUUAUUUAUUUGUUUAUUUGAUAGGGACAAGUAUGUUUCAUGAAUCAUGUCACUCACUACAACAUUUUAGCUAAGGCUAAUUCUCAAUUCCUGUCCCCAGUUAGGAUUUUACACAAAACACAGUGACUGUACACAAGGCACAACAGAACAAAUUACACACUAAAACAUCACAGAUACAAGAUCAGGUCAGUUAAAUUAUUAAUGUUCACAUAUCUGACCUUUCAAUAAAAAGUCUUUAAGUUUAUAUUUAAAAAGGACCCAGUUUGACUCUCCUUUCAGUUCUUAAUUAUUCCUUACCAAAAAAAAGGCUGGAUUUUGUUAAUUGUUUUUUUUUUUUUAGUGCUUGGAUUGUUUCUAGAAACAGUAGCAACCCAAACGGAAGUACAGAAGGGAAGUCUGCAUUAUAGCUCCUCUUUAAAUAUGCUGGCUUGUGGGCCUGAGAGUAAAUUUGCUUGAACAAAAUUAAAGCCCUGUUUUAUCUAAUACAAUUAUUUUCAAGACAAGGAUCAAAUUUCUUUUUUUUUAAAAAAGGGGGGGAGGUGAGGGUCUGUGGAGUCAUGGAGCAAAUCUGCCUUGGACUUUGGGUCGCUCUGAUUAUCUGUUAGCUUGAUAACUGUUGAAAGCUCAGCUGUUUCUCCAAGUUAGGGUGUUUAGAGGGUUGAAGGCUACUGGCUGCUUUUAAUUUCUCCCCAGAACCCCACUUUGAAUAAUCUGAACUAUCCUUUUUAAACAUGGAGUUGAUCUAAGGUAACAUAAAUCUUCUUUUUCAAAAGAUUGGUGAGUAAAGCUGAGUAAGGCUAAAAGCUUUACUCAUCAAUGGAAACUAAUCUUUGAGUUUUGUUGUUUGGAGAGCUACUAGUAAAAGAUGCUGACAGAUAAUAUUUCCUAAGAAUCUCACUUUAAAUUAUUCAAUUUAUGGUUGGAGUUGUUUUAAAAUGGAAGAAAUCUGCUUUCUCCACCUAGAUGUUAGCUUAUCUCAUUGGUGAAAACUCAUCAUUAUUUAACUCAACUAAAGUAAAUCACUUAACCAAAAGUAAGAUAUUAUUAGCCUACAAGCCCUCUAAAGAACCUCACCUAAAACAAUUCAAAAUAUCAGUUUAAUGUUUGAGUUGGUUUCAGAUCUGUUUUCCUGACUUGCCAGAGAAAACUAAUCUCCAUUUCUCCAGAUUUAGGAUUUAUAAAACUGCAGCUGAUCUAAUGACUUUGAAUAAGAUAUCCUCAGAACUCCACCUAAUUGUUCCAAAGCAGUGCUUUAAGUUAAUCUCAGAGAUAAAAGUCCAAAACAUUAAGCAGCUUCAGCAGCAAGGAAAAUUAAAAUCAACAGCUAGCAUCCACAGACAUGUCUUUAUCCAUCUUUUGUGGGGUGAACAGCAGCACUAAGCACAAGGAUUGUGCCGCGGCAAUCACUGUGGAGAAGAAAAACGAAUAACUUUGAACUGAGCCAUAAAGUAUGUAUACAUUACAUUGAUAAUACUCCUAAAGCUUGCCUGGAGCUGGUGUUGUACCGUACGCUAAGAAUCGCAGACACUUUGAGCUGUUAAUAAUGCAGCUUAAUAUAGCUUAGAGUGAGUAGGUUGUUUAAGCAAAGCUGCAUGAUGGAGCAGAACAUUUGUAAAGACAGCAGCGGAAGUGAAAAUUGUCAUAAACUGACAUAAAUUACUCACUUAGUGCCAAAAUAAAAGUCAAGAUUGUGACUCAAUAGGAAAUAGCUGAGAGAAGAAAAAAAAAAUGAAGCUAUGUUACCAAGGUGCUUGAUGUAUAUAACUAAACCUAUUUUUGAGCCUAAGAAGCGUUUGCACAUAGAAGGGAAGCAAAACUCUAUGAAUCAUACGAAGCAGUCAGCACUAUUGUAAAACAAAUGACACUAGAAAUAAACUUGUUUCCACUUCCUCAACAUAUUUCAGGUGAUAUUAUAACACAUACCUCAUGUUUUAAUUUAUGUUGCCUUUUUGGUACCUUCGAUCACCAAAUGAACACGCUGAUACAGGAUAGCAUCGCUGGUUAUCAUCACUGUCAGGGGAGAGUAAACCCUACAUCACUGCUGUACAAUACUAUCAAAUACUCCUUCUACUUUCAUUCAGUCUAGUUAAACCAGGUGAAACGUUGUGAUUCUCACUCCGGUACGGUCGAUAAACGACGACAGCUUUUCAGCUUUUGCAUGUGAGGCUCUUUGGAUCAGCUGCUUGAGUGUUUUUCUGCCGUUUGAAUCCAGAAAGAAAGAUAAUCAGAUCAAAUGUGAGCCACGUGAGCCCUAAAAUGCCAUUUCUUCUUACUUUCAGACACCGAGUGAGUCUCUACUGUAUGCAUGUGUCAGUGUGUCUGCUUUUUGACUCUUUUCAGUGGGUGUUUUUUUAAAACGACUUUUACUGGCGCAGGUGCACAGCGUUGUAGAAAAGGAAACAGAAUAACUGAAAGGUGACAUUUUAGACUAAACGCUCUUUAGUCUGUGGUCACCCAGGAAAUUCAAAAAUCAAAUGAUUGCUUUUUUCCAUUAGUAGACUUCCUUUAUAAGUGUAUGUGUUGGCCAAGUAAAGUCUAUUUAAAAACCACUCAACUUCAGGAAAAUUAACCCGAGAAAUACCAACGCUUUUGCAAAACCACUGUACAAUGGCUUUGAAUGGAUAGGAAAAUAUAGCUUUGAAUAUUUAGAUGAGCUCAAAGAAGAGCGUCCACAGCCACAUGCCUGAAACGAGAGUUAAAAUAAACUCUGAAUUAGAAUCAAUAAAAUCUUUGGCAGAUAAAGACAUACAAGUGUGUUUAUUGAAGAGAAAACCCUUACCCCAAGAGUUUUAAUACAAAUUUGUGUCAUGUAAAAUUUGGAAACUAAUCCUGUGGACCUAUCAAGAACUUUGAGUGUUUGACUUUGCGUCAAAACCAAUUUUUUUUUUUUUGGCUUUAAAGCUUUACUGCGGAGCUAAAGUAUGUAAUGUGUAAAUAGAGACUGAAUGAAUAAAAGAUGCAACUGAUGAACAAA